AUGUCUAACGCUCUUGUUCUUAGGGCAGUUUAUGGAUUCUGCACAAGAAACCUAUUGAAAAUAAAUUGUUGUUGUUGCAGUUUUAAAAAUGGCGUCACACUCUUUCCGUUACACAUCUUAAUUGUGUUAAAACUGUAUACCAAAAUUUUUACGCACAAUCGUCAAAGUGUUACAUAA